GCGAACCGAGAGGUGAGAGAAGGAGCCAGCGCCAUUCCCCUAGCGCUAAAGCUGCACCACCCUGAACGUGUCCACUUCUCUGCCUCUCUUCUUAUGACCCUCGGCUCCCUGCAGACCCCACUGUCUCAGCUGUGGACAUGUACAAGGGACCCCUCCCGGAGUCCAGAUGAUGCUCCUGCCCAUGGCUUCGAUGAUGGCUGCAACAGAACCAAAAUGGGUCUCGGUCUGGAGCCGGUUCCUGUGGCUGGUGCUGCUCAGCACAGUGCUGGGGUCCCUGCUGGCCCUGUUGCUGCCACUGGGGGCCGUCGAGGAGCAGUGUCUGGCCAUGCUCAAAGGCUUCUACCUGCUCAGGAGCCAGCUGGACAGAGCACAGCAGGUGGUCACCAAGCACACGAGUCCGUCCACUGAGCUCAGUGUCUCCUCCAGGGAUGCUGGGCUGCUGGUGCUCAAGACCAAGGCCUCCCCAGCUGCUAAGUUGGAGGCCAGAGCAGCCUUGAACCAGGCCCUGGAAAUGAAACGCCAUGGCAAGCGGGAUAAAGCCCACAAGCUGUUCCUGCAUGCGCUCAAAAUGGACCCAGACUCGGUGGAUGCACUCACCGAGUUCGGCAUCUUCUCGGAGGAAGACAAGGACAUCAUCCAGGCGGAUUACCUGUACACGCGGGCACUGACCAUCGCACCCUACCACGAGAAGGCACUGGUGCACAGAGACCGUACGCUGCCACUGGUGGAGGAGAUCGACCAGAGGUACUUCAGCAUCAUCGACAGCAAGGUCAAGAAGGUCACAGCCAUCCCCAAGGGUAGCUCGGCCCUGCGCAGGGUCAUGGAGGAGACAUACUAUCACCACAUCUACCACACGGUCGCCAUCGAGGGCAAUACCCUCACCCUCUCAGAGAUCAGGCACAUCCUGGAGACCCGCUAUGCUGUGCCAGGGAAGAGCCUGGAGGAGCAGAACGAGGUCAUCGGCCUGCACGCAGCCAUGAAGUACAUCAACGCCACACUGGUGUCCCGUAUAGGCUCCGUCACCAUCACCGAUGUGCAGGAGAUCCACCGACGGGUGCUGGGGUACGUAGAUCCUGUGGAAGCCGGCCGUUUUCGGACAACACAGGUGCUUGUAGGCCACCACAUCCCUCCCCACCCCCAGGACGUGGAAAAGCAGAUGGAGGAGUUCAUCCAGUGGCUCAACUCUGAGGAUGCCACUCACCUGCACCCAGUGGAGUUUGCCGCACUCGCCCACUACAAGCUCGUCUACAUCCACCCCUUCAUCGAUGGCAACGGCAGGACCUCACGCCUGCUCAUGAACCUCAUUCUCAUGCAAGCGGGCUACCCUCCCAUCACCAUCCGCAAGGAGCAGAGAUCCGAGUACUAUCAUGUGCUGGAAGUCGCCAAUGAGGGCGACGUGAGGCCCUUCAUUCGCUUUGUUGCCCAGUGCACCGAGACCAUGCUGGACACCCUCCUCUUCGCUACAACAGAGCAUGCGGUGGCACUGCCCGAAGCCAAGCCCAAUCAUUCUAGGUUGAAGGAAACGCUUCCUGUGAAGCCCUGACCCUGUCCGUUUCUCCCUUAGCACUUCUCAAAGCAACAGGGGACCCUACACAGUCUUUACCUCCAAACUUUUUUUUUUAAGGUAAAAAUGGAAAAACUAAAUUAUUAAGCCUUGUCUUCAAGAUAAUUUAUAAUUCAGCCAAGUUAUUUAUUGUCUUUCCCGUUACCAGUCAUGUGGCCCCUGGCCUGCUGAUUUUUCCCAGGAUACUUCCGAGGGGACUAUGCUCCCGUGGGACCAGAACCUGGGUCCUGGAGCAGAAUUUGCACUAAGAUGGAGGAGAGGGACAAGGCUUACUCUUCCAGGUCUGAGAGGUGUGGCUUUCACUGGAAAGUGAGCACUCCUUGUCAGAGGGAGAACCUGGAUUGGGUGAGAAGGUUAUCAGCUCCUUUCACAGAGGUUUUGCUCUCCUAGCAAGAGAUUAGUUUACUGGUGGAAGCAACUUUUGAAAAAAGGGAGUACUGACAUUUCCUGCUUCUUCUCAAGAAGCCCCUAAGCACUAUUCUAGUUUAGCUUGCCAAUCUGAACACCAGAGGCUAUUGUUUUCCUUUAUUGAGAUUAUCUUUCCUAUGAAAAUCACCUGGUUAACUUUACAUUUUUGUUUUUCCCACACUUUCCUGACAGCCACUCAGAUCAUGUUUUUCUGAGGGUUUUCUGGGUUUGCCACCCCACAACAGUACCGGGCCAGAACCUGGGCACUAUGCAAGUGGGUAUGUCUGUCCUUCACUCUCCAGGCAGCCCAUCCAAGACCAGAUGGCAUGUGGUGGGCAAUGACAUUUCAGCAUCAGCUUCCACUGAACCAAGCACUUUGCAAGCAGCACGUGUCCCUUUGGCCGUGUCGCUUUACCUGUGUAAUGUCCUGCCUUCUCUCCCACAAGAGUGGCCUUAUUUUCCUAGCAUCUUGUAAAAUGGUACAAUGUGACAUGGCCAAAUUCCCAAGUUGUCAUCUUGGGAAGCAGAAUAAACCUUGGCUUUUGAUACACACAGCUACUGCCAGUCAGGACCGCGGGACUGUACC